AUGAUUGCGGACAGAGUCGGUGCUGUGCUGGAUGCGGUCUCUUCCUGGGCAACGGUUAAUGGUCUGGUAAUUAAUUGCAGUAAGACCAAGGCGGUGUGGUUUGCCUCCAGAGCUUACUUGCGCGAGAUUCGGGCUUCAGUUGAUCCACCUACUCUAAUUAUGGGCAAUGUUCCGCUAGAGUUUUCAUCAGAGAUUACUGUGCUUGGUGUUGUCCUGGACAGUGAACUUACACUCAGAGCUCAUUGCACUGCGGUUUCCAGGAAGUGCUUUGGCACUUUAUCGCGUCUUCGAAGAUGCAGAGAUUGUUUGCCGGUGGAUACUCGGCUACUGCUUGUCAAGCUGCUAGUUUUUCUUCAUCUGGAGUACUGCGCGUCUCUUUUCUUGGGCAUCUCUGGUGAAAUGAUACGCAAGCUUGAACGAUGCAAAAACGCUGCACUGCGCUUUGUAGAUGGUACGCCCAAGUGGCAUCANAACACUGGCAAUAAGCGCUGGGUCAUUAAGUUUUGCUGCCCAAGUUAA